AUGACUGAGAACACCCAUCAGAAACCAAAAGACCUUUUUGAGCCUGCUGUGAAUACUGCAGACACAGACGAGUCACCGCCCCAAGCGACCUGUAAGGAUGUCGAGUGGAAAGGCAAUAUGCUUAAGCAUAUAUUUAGCCAGGUACUUGGCAUAAGCGUUGCUGAUUGCACAGAUGACCGUUCGCUGGACAGCCUGGGUGGUGAUGCACUUGCAGCUGUGCAGAUAACCGAUCAAAUUCAAUAUGAUGGUUAA